GGUACCUAAAGGUAUUGAUCCCCUGGCACUCAGUGGCAGAGUGAUUUCAGGCUGGUCACCGUCAAUCAGGGACCUUUCCACUACCCCCGGUCAGAGUCCCCUCGUCGUCGACGUCAAAGGCGCUUUCUGCUCGCUGCGUCGAUCAUAUGUACAAACCGCGCAUUCAGGCCAACCUGAGAGCAUCGAUGAUCCGCGGUGAUUUCCGGAUCUACAGGUACAUCCAGACCUUCAGGGUCCAUGAUGAUCCUUAGAUCGUUCCCUGAGGACUGACUGUCAUGAUCAACAACGUUGGGGACACUAUUUUGAAGGAUUUCUAUAUCCAUGCCACGUUGUGGCUGGCUUGUCUCUAGUCCCUGGCUGUCAGCUUCUGGCCCUAGGGAUGUUGUGAUAAUGCCGGGUUCACAUAACCCUCAGGGAUUUUGAUGGAAAGUGCCAGGGCCUCGUUGUGGUCUCUCUUGCCUAUGACGCAUUUCACUAGGCAUCGCCUUGAAUCGAGCCUUGCGAAGAUCUGCCUACUAACCAGACAGAAAAUGGUGCCUGAAACGAAACUACACAGUCUGGAUUUGACUCAAUUUCAAAGUGUUGCAUUUGUAGGAAGUUGGGAAUUGCCUCACUCGAUCCUUUCUCGUCUCUGAUGUUGACAUUGUUGUGAUAUCAAUGUGAUAACCGCUGAUAAGGACGUUCCGGAUACGCUUCUCGUUGCAUGGUUGCAGGGUUCGAUAUCAGGGCAAUGCCGUGGUCACGGGUGAAACGUGUGCGUCUACCUUUGGACGGGACAUGGGGAAAUGCGCCAGCUCAACAUUCUCGACACAGUCAUCCUGAUCCGGUCAGUCGUUUCUGUCUGCUAGCGGCCAAAAUGUAGACCUCCUAGGAAGGGACAGCGGAAGGGACAGUUCUAGUGAUUGGGCAGCGAGAGGAUCACCGAAGGCCUCCCUGGUCAGACCACCUUACUCUCAUCGUCGCUGACUGCAAUGGCAAGUAACAAAGUCUCUUCGAUGAAACGGACUCGAUAUGCAAGACCACAUCCCAGGAAAGAGGCCCUUGAAGGGUCGGGUGGGACAUGUAUAUGCCCAAGACCACACCCAACACAUCUACCCUCUUGCGAACCGUCAGGAUUGCAUAUUGGAUGAGAAGAUAGGAGUCCUACCUCGGUGCUGUCUGAAUGCAGUGGCCUGUUGGUCAGUCGGCUGGGUUGCCUGUCCGUGGGCGCCCCUUGACACUGCCAUCACACUGCAAUCACCGAUGAAUGCCCUUCCCAGAGUCACCACGGAACGGACACUGCAAAUAUCAGGCUGAAACCAAAGCAACCCCAUCCAUCACAACGAUGCUCGCGAUUUCCUUUCCCGAUCCUGUUCGUUGCAGAAAUGUCUGUCCAGUCCUGGAGAUAGGCUCAUUGUCUUCAAAAGAGUCUCCCACAGCAAUCCUUGAACGUCGGCUUGAGGUUUCUUGCUUGCGAUGUGUCUGCAAAGUCUUAAGAGAGAUGAUGCGACGGGUUCGUGGUCAUGGUGCAAUGGAUCAAUGGAGCAAUUCUGCACAGGCCUUUGCUCCCAACCACUCUGGAAUGAUCAAUGCCUGACAUGCAGCGAGGACUUAUGUAGUUGGGCACAAAGGCCAUGGCCCUUCGAUGGUCAACCGUCAGCCACCGAAUGCCGCCCAAAAGUCUUCGGCCCAACGCCAAACGCCAUACUGACUGCCAACUGCCACCUGAUCCUCACCUUGGACAACUGGCAGAAUACUCCGAGUCCCCAUCGGUAGGCGCCUACCAACCCAGAUAGGCAAGCCAUUCUAGGUAGGCGACCUUCGGCAGGAUCACAGAAGGUGAUGCAAUGCUCUGCACUGCCUUACCAGUGGAAAGGCCACCCCGUGAGCCCCAAGACGACCGCUGCGUUGAUAUCGACUUUGCAACUUACCUGCCCUUUCAGGACACUAAAAAUAACAAAGGCAAACACAAGCCCUCCCGGAGAAGGCUUUAUCCUCAGCUGAUCUCCAGGAAGCCAUGAUGUGUGAUGGUGCUGGCCAAUGUACCAGUACUUUACUAGUGCACUCAAGAACCUUAUGCCACCCACUGCAUCUCAUGGGCAUAUGCAGGACACUGUAUAGCAUACGGCAUCUCCAGCGGACUUACUCGAUGGAGUGAGCACCAGCAGCAGCAGCACGCCUUUCUAGACGCGUACAUCUCAGUCGACUCGACUCGGUUAACACCCAUGAAGAACACCACGUAUAUACAAUAUAUCCCUGCUCCGAGUCUCUCGCUUAUUGAAAGCAAAACACAAAUUACGAACAAACAUCGUGCGUUGUCUUGUCCAACUGGCUAGUCAGGGGCUCACCAGUCAGACAUGACAAGCACUGCAUAACAUAACAUAACUUGGUAAUUUGGACACUGAACUCGCGUCUACCCCAGAAUCACUGCAAUCACCAGUUAUAUUACUAUUGUUCUAUACGAUUUUCUGCUGCCUGCGUCUUUUAUCCUUUCAAUCACAAUCAUGGAAGAUGCACAAGGUACCUCAACGAGACGAAAAUUCCAGUCCGUGUCAAAGCCCGUACCUCAAAAAAAAAGCAAAGAAAAAGGGAAAAAAACGAAAAGACUAGCCCGGCUCGGCUGGGUUAGGUUGGGCAGUAACACAGAAACUCGCAAAAAUCCCGUCUUGUGAGUCGUCUACAAGCACGAGUAGUACCGGGAUUAUCCAAAAGUGAGGCGGCCAGCAAACAAGCAUACAGAAAAGACUGAGACCCUUUGACGCCAAUCAGCCACGCCACUGGCACCAUAAACCCUGAGCGAUCGACAUCCGUGCCCACUGCGUCAAACCGCUUGCACAUCCAGAACCACUGGCAGUCGGUGACUCGACAUCCUUCGCUUCCAUUCUGCUUCUCCAACUGCCAGUAUCUACCUAGUGAAGGGGGCGGCCAAUCGAGAGAUCGACACUCUAGGCUGUGUAUUUCGAGUCGACCCCCGGUCGAUAGGUGCACAGCUGCUUGCUCAUGCUGAUGAUCCCAACUGACCGGGCUGGUGCUGGUCAACGGCUGCUCGCUGGGCUGACUUCGAUUGACUUGACUAUACCUAAGCUCCCCCCGGCGAUGCCAUGCCACUUGUCCCAUCAAUACUAACCGCCGUCUCAAGGGUCGAGCCGCACCAGCUGACUGACAGCCAGCCCGUCCGGAGACGCCCACCCAUCCACCUUAUCGUCGUGGCUUGGUGGCUUGGCUGGGGUGUGCCGGGCCGGGAGCCAUGGCCAUGUCACUCAUGGACACUCGUUGGGAAUCCUUUCCUAGGGAAGCGGACCAGGGAGAAAACAGUACAAUUUACGAAUUCUAGGCUCAAAGAGUGUUUAGUUUUAGCUGGGCCACUGCAACCGUGUCCUGGCACCUGGUUCUCCCAAGCACUUCCCAGUCCGCCCACCAGGCCAGGUAGGCCACCGACCCUGCGACCGGCGACCAGGCGACAGGGGGUUGCUGUACGUCUCACACACACACCAGAUGGCGGACGGGACGUUCUGCUAGCAGUGACCGCCCAUGAGAACGAGUCGAGGCAGACCAGGGCAUGUCACAAACCCCACGAUCCGCGAAGCCUCCGACGUUUGUCACUUGUGUUGCGUUCCCAGGUUUGGCUCGCUGCUUCUGUUGCUUCAAGUUCUGCUGCUGCUUGCCAGUGCCGUCAAUCGUCAGACCGGCCUGUUGUUAUGCUUGUAGUGGUACAGUCGAGGUACUGUAUGCCAUCAUGGGUUCCGGGAACUGUGAUCUUGCUUGGGAAAAAGACGUGAUGAACCUGACCCUGGUCCCCACGUCUGGUCGUUCGUAUUCCACCAUGCUAGGCCAACACUUGAUUGCCUUUUUCUCGAAGACAAGGGCUACUAGCACAGUCCGGCAGUCUCGCCUACUUUGCAGUGUGCUAUAACAGCCUCUACUCCCGUCCACUUGCCAACCGGUCGACCUGUUUGUCUCCAUUAUUCUCUUCCCCAAUUGCUACCGCUUUGCUUCAUUGUUGCUGGUCCUUGACCCUUCGGACUUGAACUUUUGAAUUCGAGCUAUUUCUGGUGUACUAUCCUAUACUGCCUCGCUGUGCCAUUUCCAUCCUCAGAUAUUGGCCACAUCACCAUUCCAUUUGGCACCUAUUGGGUCUUGUUCUACCAGUCCAAGCGACAGCCGACAACCAUGGAUUCCAGUGCUCUAAUCGACGUGCUUCGUUCAUGUCGAGCGGUCUACUACCAGGAGAACCAACAUCUUCCUGCCGAGGAGCGUGAACGGGGCUGGGGUCAGUAUUGGGAAACCAUCAGUAACGCGAUCAAAUCCUCACCGUCGACUACUCACGAGACUACUGGCUUCACCUUGCCCCAGAAACGGACCGCCUCCAAGGCGAUGGUUGUUGGUAUGGAGCCCGCAUCAAAACGGACUGAUCCUUCCCGUUCGUUGGCAUCUUCGGCUCCGGGUCCCUCGGCACCUGUGCUUGAACGCCACAUCUCCGCCCCUGUUGGUCCAGCUGGCCCUCGACAUCAACAUCAUCAACCGGGCCGUUCGCCCAUGCGUCCCUCCUCUUCGGUUCCUACCAGGGCGACCAUCGGACCCAUGCCCAUCCCCCGCCAGCAAAAUGGGCAACGACAAACCUCGGCGGCCGCAUCCUACCCGCAUCGAUACGGCAGGUCCAGCCUCAACUUCAUCGAAGAAGUGCAAGAUAUGUCUCCUUCGGAUUUCCUCGCCAGGUCGAGGGCGGAAGACUACCAGACAGCGGCGGCAAUGCCGAUGUCGUUGUCGUUGACGCCGCCCACGACCCAAGCGCGUAGUGAAGUGCUGACCAGCCAGCUUUCUCAGCUCACCUCCCCGUAUGUCUCGGCAAUAGAGUCACCCGAGGUAUAUACCCCGAUGACUACUGCCACAAGCAAUUCGAGUCUGAUGACUGGGCCGACCGUCAUGUCGGAGCCCAUGACUCGCACCAACACCAAUGAUGUUCUCUGCGACGGCUUUGGCAUGUUUCGCAUGGACUCGACCCCCAUGAUGAAAGUAGCCAAAGCCUCUGACAUGUUGCCGUCCGAGUUUUCUCGAGACUCUGCAAAUGCGACGGUCCCAGCGCCCUUGUUUCCUUUUUCUUCUGUUGGAACCGAACUCGGUUACAACAAUCUUUCUCGUUUUUCUUUUCACGAUGAUGAUCUACCAUCAUCAUCUUCUCCUUGCAGUUUUGAGAUGAAGAAUUCGCCUUCCACCGGAAGCAAUGCUUCAUCUGUCUCUGUUUCUUCCACUUCUCAUUUGCCUUCUGCUGCUCGAGGACCUGUCCAACCAGAAGUCCCACGCACCACCAGCAACACGGUUUCGCGGCCGCUGGCCCCGAAGAUGGAGCGACAGAAAGACGCCCCAUCUUCCGGGCCGGCGGACUUGCCAGAACCCAAACUGGUGGCUGUCCAAGCCGAAGAUGGUACAGUGAAACACAAAGCCGAAAUCACUCGCGCAGUGCGCCAACAACCUCCCCGUAAGACGACUUUUUGUGGCUUCUGUAACGAGCAACCUCAGGGCUUUCACGGUGACCACGAACUCCGCCGACACAUCGAACGCCGCCACAGCAAAGUCCGCCGAGUGUGGAUCUGUAAAGACGCCUCGCCAGACGGCAACUUCCUGUCCAACUGCAAGCAAUGUCGCACCGGCAAAGCGUACGGCGCCAACUACAACGCUGCCGCCCACCUCCGCCGCGCCCACUUCAACCCGUGCAAGAAUCGACGAGGCGGUCGUGGCAAGAAGAGCGAACAUCGCGGUGGUAUGGGAGGCGGUAACUAUCCAUCCAUGGACGUGCUCAAGAAUUGGAUGUAUGAAAAGAUCGAGAUGAACUUGGACGGCAGGUUGAUCGUUCAAAACCUGCCUGCAGAAUCGUCCACUUUCCCUACCGCAGCUUUGGACGACAUGGCAGACUGCCAACCGAAUGACUUUGACGUUUCCGACUUCGACUUCAACGGCAACAUGCAGGUGACUCAAGCCGACAUGGCUUUGGGCAAUUUCACCACCGACUCGCUUGCCAUGAAUGGUGCAGGGGGUCUACACCCCAACACCUACCUCAGCCCCUCGGCACCAAUGAACCUUGCGUACGACCCCUCGAGCUUUGCUCUGUCUAACGAUUCCACGUUCCCAUACCACCUCACUCCGCCAUGAUUGAUGACAACUUGCAAAAAAUGAUGAAGAAAAGGGCCAGUUUUGGGGGGGGUCUUUGGACGGCGUUUUAUUUGUUUCUGGCGUCAAGUGCCUACCUUUCAUACCUGAUCUGUACAUAAUUUUGCGGGAGUCAGCCCGCGACGAGACGUGGGUUUCGGAACCAUGAAUUUGAAUGUGGCAACAGUCAACUUGAACUGGGCAGGCUGCAAGCACAGAUUGCUUCUUUUACGGAUUGUUAACAGGCUUGAGGGACGGGAAUGGCAGAGCAGCUUCCAUGUAAUUCGGUCUUCCAGCUGCUUGAUUGUCUGAAAAUAUGGCGUUUUUGAUUUACGGCAUUGCCGAGUUUGUGGCCCACGAUGGCUGAUGAUGGAUAACGAGAGGCCUUCUUCCGUUCGAUAGUGCAAAUUCACGUUCAGCUGCCGGUGUAUAUCAGACCGUUAUUUUCUCC